AGUUUGCGCCGGUGUGUUGCCUCCGGGGAUCAAGAUGGCGGCAUCGAUAAUCAUCUGGCCGGAGAUAGAGAAAGCUGAACGGGAGAAGCGACGGGAGCUGGUACUGCAGGGCCCGGCAGUGGAGGAGAGGCUGCAGCUUAGUGGCGGGCAGCUCCCCCCGAGCCUCUUCAGCCUGACCCUCCUCAAUUACCUGGAGGUGAGAGACUGUGCGGGGCUGCGGGAGCUGCCGGCCGGUCUGGGCCUCCUCACCCAUCUGCAGAACGUGGUGCUGUGCCGCAAUAGACUGCAGCGGCUCCCCGAUGUGCUGGGCAAGCUGCAGGCCGUGCGGGUGCUGGACCUGUCCGGGAAUCAGCUGGAGGAGCUGCCCGCCGAGCUGUGUGAGCUGCCUGAGCUCUGCACCCUGAAUGUCAGCUGCAACCGCCUGCGAGAGCUGCCCCCCGGCCUGGAGAGAUGUACCAAGCUGGCCAGCCUCAACCUGUCCAAGAACUGCAUCGCGGCCUUCCCCCCCGGCCUCUUCUGUCCUCAACUGGCCCUGCUGGCCUCCAUCUCCGCGGCAGAUAACCAAAUCCAGGAGCUGGGAGCGGAGAUCGGCCUCUUGCCCGGCCUUAAGAGUCUGGACCUCUCAAACAAUCGGCUCGCCGAGAUCCCCUGCGAGCUGGCAGACUGCUCCAAGCUGAAGGAGAUCAACUUCAAAGGCAACAAACUAAAGGACAAGCGCCUGGAAAAGAUGGUGAACGGAUGCCAGACCAAGUCCGUGCUGGAAUAUCUCCGAGUCGGAGGUCGCGGAGGCGGAAAAGGGAAAAACAAGACAGAAGCCGCGGGGAAGGAAGAAGCCAAGGACCGAAAGAAGAAACGAGAGCGCAAGCAGAAGAGAGACGAUGGCGGAGACGAAGAUGACGAGGAAGAGGAGCUGAACAAAACGAUGCUGCGGAUCCUCCACAUCUCUGAGAACCCGGCCCCCCUCACCGUGAACGUGAGCGGCAACGCGAAGGACGUGCGGCCGUAUAUCGUGUGCUGCGUGGUGCGAGGAAUGAACCUGAGACCCGGAAAUGCCCUUAAGAGGUUUUUAGUUGCCCAGACCAAGCUCCACGAUGAAAUGUGUGAGAAACGAACGUUAGCAACCAUCGCCACUCACGACUUGAGGCUGGUAAAGGGGCCGUUGCUGUACGAUGCCAGACCACCGAACGGCUUCAAGGUCGUCCCGCUGGGCCGUAAAGAAAUCAACGCAAAGGAUCUUCUCCGGCAGCUGCAGUUAGAGGCCGAGGAACAAAGGAAACAAAAAAAGCGUCAGAAUGUGUCUGGACUUCACAAGUACCUUCACUUAUUGGACGGCAAAGAAAAUUACCCGUGCUUAAUUGAUGCAGAGAACACAGUCAUAUCCUUCCCGCCGAUCACAAACAGCGAGAAGACCAAGAUCCGGAAAUCUACGCAGGACCUAUUCCUGGAAGUGACCAGCUCUUCCAGCCUCCAAGUGUGUAAAGAUGUUAUGGACACGCUUAUUACCAAAAUGGCCGAGCUGAACAGGUUUACAUUAGAAAACAAAGAAGAGGAAGUUCUCUCCGACUCUGAGCUCGAAGCGCUUCCAGGGCAACACGCGCAAACAGCCAAUCAGAAUCCUCAAACAGAGACUGGCUCCCAACUUCUGUUGGAACAAGUGCGGGUCGCAGACCCCGAAGGAAAUCUCAAGGUUUUAUAUCCGUCGAAGACCGACUUGAAUUUGAACUCAUCGUUGUUUGAGGUUGUGCGUUGAAUUGUACAAAAAAAGGAAAGAAAAGCUGAAGUUUCCGUCAAAAUGAUUUCAAAGCACUUUUUCUGGUAUGUCUGAGUUUGACAAAGAAAAGAAAAUUGUUUUUUUUUUUUAUACUAAUUUGACUUUUUUUUUUAAAUUAUAUAUACCAUUAUGUUUACCAUCAUAAAAUACUUUAGCCUCAGAGUCCCCAGACGUGUCAUAUAGCAAAACACUACUUGGCUUCAUAUCUCUUGCCUCGCUUCUUCCCGCGGGAAGUGGAAUAGAAUCUUCCCCGAUGUAUUUCGUAUUGUUUACAGCGCUGAUAGAAUUCUUUCUGGGAAUGCUUUCAAAUUUCGCCCUGUACACUUCUCACGCACCCAAUAAAUCUGAGUUUGCCAGUUUGUUCUUUGGAA